AUGGCUUCCUCUAUUUCCUCUGAUAUCCGUUUCUUCAAGAUUGGUCUCAAAAAAAGCCUUGAAGAUGGAAACCUUAAGUUAACAAAAAAGUUCAGUAAGGAAUAUGGUGAUAGUGUUCCAAAUCCAGUGUAUCUGAAGCCUCCAGAUGGCACUGCAUGGAAGAUAGAUUGGUCUUUGUAUGAUGGUUUGAUUCAAUUUGAAAAUGGUUGGAAAGAAUUUGCUUCAUAUUACUCUUUGGAUAAUGGCCAUCUGCUGCAAUUUGCGUACAAUGAAACUUCGAACAUUGAAGUACAAAUUUUUGACAUCAUUGAUGGCUCUGAAAUCAACUAUCCUUCCUUGGAUCACAUCGGCGAUGACAAUUCGAUUGAGAUCUUGAAUGAACUGCCGCCACGAGGCUGGCCGAGGAAAAAACUGAAAGCAGCAGCAGAAGUAUCAUCUCCUUCUACAAGUAAAAUAUUGAGGAGUUCUGUCAAAACUGGAGAUGUAGAAAAGGGCCCUGAUAAACAAAACUGGAUGCAGUGUUGCAACAAUGAAGAAGCUAGUCAAUCUGAAGAGACAGGUCUUAAGAAUUAA